AUGGCCGCUCCCGCUUCCAAGACCAUCCACGACCUUAACGGUUCCUGGACUGCUAACAACACCCUCUCCGAGUCCUCGGCCGAUAUCCUCAAGGUCCAGGGCGUGAACUGGCUGACCCGCAAGGUCAUUGCCAUGGCCCACGUCACUCUGAACAUCAGCCAGAGCACGGACGAGGCCGGCAACAUCCACCUCGACAUCGAGAACAAGCCCAGCGGCGGCCUCCCCGCCACCCAGGAGAAGCGUGUCCUGAACUGGGAGCCCGUGGAGCUCACCCACGGCCUCUUCGGCAACAUCCGCGGUCGCUCCCGCAUCUGCAAGCUCGCCGAUCUCGACGACGACUACCUCCGCCAGGGUUGGGAGGACGGCACCGAGGAGGUCAUGCACUUCAAGACUGAGCACCUCGACUCCAAGGGUGUCAUCACCCAGCAGGUCGCUGGCUUCAUUGUCAUUGGCGGCACUCGCUACCACGCUCGGCGGGUCCUCGUCACCAAGGAUGAUGGUGAGAGGCUCGAGGCUAAGCUUGUCUAUGACUACCAGGGUUAG